AGUGCCAUAGAGAUUGCAUCAUCUGUGGAUCUUUUGGGGCGGUAUGCAAAUUGGAGUGGGUCUAAGGUUUCUGGGAUAAUGGUGUUGAUGUUAGCCAUGGCCAGCCUUUCAAAGCACUUUAUGGUUACAGACGUGAGUGCUAAGGGUCGGAGAGUCAUUUAGGCAGGUUACCUUAGUGUUCUUGGGCACAGGGACUAGGGUGGUCUGCUUAAAACAUGUUGGUAUUACAGAUUUGGACAGGGAGAGGUUGAAAAUGUCAGUGAAGACACUUGCCAGUUGGUCAGUGCAUGCUCGCAGUACACGUCCUGGUAAUUCGUCUGGCCCUGCGGCCUUGUGAAUGUUGACCUGUUUAAAGGUCUUACUCACAUCAGCUGCGGAGAGUGUGAUCACACAGUCAAAACUGGAAGCUAGCUGUUAUUGGCACAGAGGUUUGAAACUCUCUUUCUUAUUGGUCUUUUAACUAAUUUGAUGUCACCAGGCAAGCCGAAACUCCAUCCCACCAAAACAGACUGAAAUUUCAGGAGGUCUUUUCAAACAGCUCUUACACUAAAAGUAUAUUAUCAUCAUUUUGACAAUUUCACAGUUCUAGUCCAACCUCAUCGUGUGUAAAUAUAUAAAACACGGGAAAUUACGUGUAUAACUGCACUGGGCCUUUAAAUCAUGUGACUAGGCUAAGCCACUUUAGUAAGUCAUGGUAUGAUUACUCACUACAUUAGAUACGAAGAAAUAGCCCACAACAAAUCCACAUUUCUUAUAAUAACCAUGAGUAGUGCUUUUAAAAAUUGCCGAACGGUAAUGGUGACAGGAGCCAGCCGAGGCCUCGGUCUGCGAGUUGUGGAAAGUCUGGUGGCAGGGAGCUCUGAUCCGGACAAGAUUAUUAUUGCCACCGCCAGAAACCCGAGCGGGGCCCAGGAACUCCAGAAACUAGCUGAAAAACAUCCAAAUAUCCAUAUAAUAACACUUGAUGUUGUCAGUCAGGAGAGCAUAGAGAAAGCUGCACAAGACGUUGACCUGCUUGUUCAGGAGCUGGGCCUCAAUUGUCUAAUCAACAAUGCUGGAAUCAAUGUUGUUGCCAAUUUUGAGACAGUCACGGCUGAGAAGAUGUUGGAGAACUUCCGCACCAACUCUGUGGCCCCCCUUAUGAUCACUAAGGCUCUCCUACCCCUGCUUAAGAGGGCAGCUGCCAAAGGCACGGGCAUGGGCAUCCAUAGAGCUGCGGUCAUCAACAUGACUUCCUUGUUAGGGUCAGUCGAGCUCAACUGGGGUGACCGGGCCAAGAACUUCAAGUGGUAUCCUUACAGAACAUCCAAGAGUGCUCUGAACAUGGUGACCCGAUGCAUGGCAGUGGAUCUGGAGGCUGAUAGCAUCCUGUGCAUGGGCCUCCACCCUGGCUGGGUACGCACUGACAUGGGCGGACCAGAGGCACCUUUGAGUCCAGAGGAGAGCAUAUCUUCUGUGUUGUCAGUAAUUGGUGGAUUGACCGAAAAGGAUCAUGGGUCAUUUCUACACUACACCGGGGAGCCACUACCCUGGUGAUUGGAAUAUCACCAUGAAUGAUUUUAUAAGUUGUUGGUUUGCACAUGUUUAUGCUUUGACUAUGCAAAGUUGAAUGUACUACCUAGAUAGCAGUUUUGCAUGAAAAAAAUGCAUCGUGUAAUGUUCCAUAUGACAUUCAGAUUUAUUUGCUGUAACACUGACACUGUAUGCCUAGCCUAUGUUAUUAAAACGAGGCAAGUUUAAUUGUUCUGUAGGCCUAUGUGACACAGGUUGAAGUGUCGAGGAAGCAAAUAGUGGACAGUCUUUUGUUUGUCUUUGAAGGAAUUUGUUCUUUCAGCUUAGGAUAAGAGUAUUUGAAGAGUAUUAUGAAGAUUAUUUAUUUGUGUCUUUAGAAAUAUAGUAACAUACAGUAUCCUGGAAAAUAACAUUUAUCCUCUGUUAUUUCCCCUAUGACGCUUAGUAGGAGUUUGUCUGAUGUUAGCUGAAAUAAAAGUUAUGCACACAGGUGUUGAAA